AAAUUAGCAAUCUCUCAUUUUUUUAAGAUCAUCUAGUGAAAAAACGAAGAAGAAGAAAAACAAAAAAAAAGAGACAAAAAAUGGGGAAGCCAACGACCCAAAACAAUAGCUUUAUAAACCACUUCAGCCACCCACACCGUCUUCAGUUAACACCGGCUACGUCUUCACCACCGUGCUCCGCCUGUAAACUCGCCGGAGGCAAUGGCCGGGUUUACUCAUGUAGACCAUGCAACUUCUCUCUCCAUGAGUCAUGCAGCAAGAUGAGUCAGGUAAUUACACACCCUUCUCACCCGUCUCAUACGCUUACCCUUCUCGUAGCUCCUGUUUACGACGGUGGAUACUUCAACUGCGACGGUUGUGGUGUCAUCGGGACUGGUUUUGGCUACCAAUGUUCUCGUUGCGACUUUGACAUCCACGCACUUUGCGCUUACAAGCCGCUCUCAAUCAUCCACAAGUCUCAUCCGCAACAUAACCUUAAGCUCACGUUUCACUCUCCCUAUGGAGCCAAUAAAGGGUUCUCUUGCGAUAUUUGCCUUAAGAUUGGGAAAAACCAGUGGCUCUAUCGAUGCACCCCUUGCGAAUUCGACGCUCAUGUCGGUUGCAUCACUGCUCCUCAGCCUCAUCUCCUUCAACAUAGUAGUUCUGCACCUACUCCUCAUGUUCAUCAUUCCGGUCACCCUCAACAUCAAAACUCGCUUCCUAUGAUUAAUCAAGGCAUUAACAAGCCCAGACAAAGGCCCAUGACUAGGCCUAAUGGGUCCAUCGGUAAUCCUAAUAGACCUAAUGGUCCCAUUGGAUAUCCCGAUAGACCUAGAGCUCAAAACAUGGCUGCUUGUGGACCAAGAAGACAAAAUAACAACUUGGGUUAUAAUGGUCAGGGUGGGCCUAUUGGACCUAUUGAACUUCUUGGUCAAGUAGGACAGAAUCUUGGUCAAGGGUCAAUGGACGGAAGUGUCUAUGAUGGAAGUGCGGGGAACGAAGAGUUUGAUGCUGAAGUCGAUGUUGAGAUUGAUUAUGAAGUUGAUGCUUAUGAAGCUACUGAAGAUGGACAAGGUAUUGACGAGGGCCAAGAAGUUGAUGCUAACGGACUUGAAAUCGUGGCUUAUGGUGAUGAUGGAGAUGCUGCUUGUAGUGAGAGUGAUUUUGGAGGAAGCAGUGAUGCUCGAAGUCAAUGUAAUGAUUUGUCUGAUCAUGGUGAUCUUUAUCCACUAUCAGUUCGUACGAACCAAGGGUCGAAUGGUGGUAGGAAGAAAAACCCGAAUCCAAAUAGUCCGGCCGCUCGAUCGAAGAAUAUGGGUCUUAAUGGGCCACGAAGUGCGCUUCAAGGGUCUAAGAAUCCAAUCCAAAGUCCUAAAGGAUCUCAAGCUAGAAGAGUGCAAAAUAUGCGUAAUAAUGCAAUAAGAGCUGGUGAGAAUGUCAGAUAUAAUAGGCCUCGUGGCCAAGCUAUUGCAACAUUUAACGGACCUCAGGGAUUCAAUGGGCCUAGUGGUGGACCCUCCAAUGUGAUUGAUAGUGGUGGCAACAAUGAUAACUACAACCAAGGUGAUGGGACUGAGGUGUAUGGUGGUGACUAUGACGAGAGUUAUGGUGAUGAUUAUACUGGUGGUAAUGGUGAUUGUGACUUUGAAGUUGGAGGCAAUUAUGACGACAACGGCGAUGGUCAAGCUUAUGAUGAUACUUAUGGUGAAAACGAUUUCGAAAGCUACAGCGAUAUCACUGGAGGAAGUGAGUCUAUGUACGAUGGAGAUGAAUAUUAUGAGACUAUGGAGGAUUCACAAUAUAAUGGUUUAAAUGAUGAACCCAAUAACCAGUAUUUACCCAUGGUUGGGCCGGUGGGUGGACCUGGAAUGAAUAAUCAAAAUCAGUACGGUCAGCCCGACAAAGCAAGGAACAUGGGAAGGUAUGGGCGUGGUGGUACUACAAAUAUGAGCAGAUAUGGUAACAUGAAUCAAGGUGCAAAUAGUACUCAGCCUAGAGCUAUGGGUCGAACGCUCCAAUAUCGGCGAAAUGGAGGACCUUCUAGGGUUAAUGGAGGACCUAAUGUGCCUUAUGGAGGCCCCAUCGGACCUAAUGGACCUAAUGGAAAUACGGUGAUGAAUACAAUGGUGCAGAGUUUGUGUCAAGGCUUUGCGAUGAACAUGCUCAUUAGCGGUGGUGGUGAUGUUAACGGUGGAGUUGGUGAUGGUGGUGGAUCAUCGAUCAUGGGAGGCUUAUUUGGUAGUGAAUCAGAAAUUUGAUUCUAAAAGAGAUGGAAAAUUGGAAUUGGAGAAACUGAAAAAUUGUUUUUCUUAUAUAUAUAUUUUGCGAGUUUGUAUUUUUUUUUGUAUUUUUUUUUUUGUAUUUUUUCCUUUUAU